AUUAUGUCAUCGGGGUGGCAAGUAUAUAAAGGAAUGCUGUAAAAAGAUAUGUACUACUGUCUCAAGUAUGUUGGAUUCAUGUUUGAUUAUUACUGCUGCGCUGUUUGGAGCCGCUGUCAUUUACUUGAAAAAUUUCUUCACUGUUCCUAGCAUUAAACCAAAACCUGAUAUUCACAAAAAAGACUACAAAAAGGAUGUAGUCUAUCUGUAUCAGAUGAAGAGACUCAAGAACUGUCCGAACUUGUCCCCUUUCUGCAUGAAAAUCGAGAUUCUUUGUAGAAUCUUCAAGAUUCCUUACGAGAUUAUCACAUGCACCUCUGAACGCUCUCGGAAUGGAUUGGUCCCUUUCGUUGAACUCAAUGGAGAGCACAUUGCUGAUUCUGAUCUUAUCGAAAUGCGCUUGAGAUCACAUUUUAAAAUUCCGUCGCUUCCAACUGAGCUGGAAACUCAAUCUGUUGCUCUAAGCAAGUUUGCAGAUCACCAUUUGUUCUUCGUACUUAUACGAUUUAAAAUUGCUGUCGACGAAUUCUACAAAACCAUUAUUGAAAUAAUCGGUCUCCCAACCUUCCUGAAUUUCCUUCUCAUGCCCCUUUUGAAGGCUAUAAUCGGGAAAAAUGUCUACAACAAAUGUCAGGGAGCCAUUGGAGAUUUUGAAUUGAGUGAGCUCGACGAGAUUCUUCACAGAGAUUUGCGAAUCGUAGAGAACACCUUGGCCAAGAAAAAGUUUCUUUUCGGGGAGGAAAUCACGGCGGCGGAUGCAACAGUCUUCUCUCAAUUGGCAACUGUCUAUUAUCCAUUCCGCAAUCACAUUUCGGAUGUUCUCGAAAAGGACUUCCCAAAGUUAUUGGAGUACUGUGAAAGAGUUCGUCAUGAAGUUUACCCAAAGGACUUUACUAUGUGAAUUAAAUUGUCAAACUAGUAGUCAGAUCAAUAAAAUUUUACGUGGUG